AUACCAUAAUUAUUAUUAUUAUUAUUUCCACUAAGCCACGCUGCUUCUCACUCUGAAUACCGGUCAGGGCAGUGCAGGUGAUGGAGAUGGUGGACAGAAUUUAGGUCCUUCAAACAGAUACAUUUGACUUGGCCUCCAGGAACGAGCCUGGCCCUGCCCGGACCUUAAACUUCCCUAGAUCAUCACCAAGUUGUCCAACUCUAAAGUCCAAGUCCCCAUCCUUCUGCUCCGCACUCCGGCCCCAAGGCUAUGACCCCAGGAGGCCGGAAGUCAGACCUCACCCACUCUAUUCUCGGCUUGGCUACAGCUCAUUAAAGAAAUUACUUAAUCACCACAAUCUGGCUUAGCGUGAGGGCUGAGGCUCCCUGCUCAGCAGAGGAUUCCCUCUUCAGAAGUCACGACCAGCUGUUUCCAUCUCUUCCCCCCUCCCGGGAAUGGGUUGGACUUGCAGCAAGAGGGAUUUAAGUUGGAGAGAGGGUGAAAAAUUGCCACCAGAAGGUGGGUGUGUGCCUGGAGGGAGGGCAGAUUGCUACCGGGUUUUUUGGAGUUUUAAAACCAAGAGAGGUGUACCCCUUCACCUUAGCCCGGGUGCUCAGAAGUGAGGGAUUGGACAGAUUAAUCUCUGAAUCUGAGUAGGGACUGUAUCUUUGGCUUCUGCUCUAUUCCCACCUAAGCACUAAGUACUGUGUUCUACAGUCACUAGGUCCUCAAUAAAUAGCAUUGAAUGAUUGAUUGACUGGAACAUAGCGGCAGUUCUGGGCGUUCAACUACAGGGGUGGUGCUAGUGGGAGGUUUUCCUCCUCCAUAUCCUGGUGUGCAGAGAUUGCUGAGUACCAGUCUGGGGUCAUGUGAAUGAUGAAUGAUGAUGAUGGUAUUUAAGUGGUUACUAUGGUCAAGCACUGUUCUAAACACUGGGGUAGUUACAAGGUCAUCAGGUCAGACACCAUAGGGCCCAGUUUAGUGUCCCAAGACCCCCUGCAAGAUAUUCAGGAGAGAAAAGAGGGAGACAUAGCUAAAUGGUCAGGACUUGGUUUCAGGUUGGAAGGGAAUGGGGGGAAGGAGCUGCCUUGACAAGUUUCCUUGAGGUUCUCCAACUUCAUAUCCAUCCUCAGAACCCUGAAGAUCUGCCCCCCGAAUUUGGACACUGGGUCUCUACUAGAGGCUGAAAGAGGAUAGGGUUGUGGACAUGAGAGCAGGACCCUUCCUGAGGUCUGCCCUACCAGGAGAUGCCAAGCCUGGCCCCCCAGACUCCUCCUGGAUGGACAGACAGCUUCCACAGCCUUGGAAGGGGGUAGGAAGAGGAUUGGGUCACUCCAGCUCAGCUUGAUGGGUUCAGAAAGCCCCCUCAUUCAGACAUGCUAGGGGCCAGGACAAUGCUGGGAUUACAUCCUGGGACUUUCUCAUUUCUUCCCCUCAAGUGGGCAUCCAGAAAGGUGGUUGGGCCCAAGGCCCCCCAUCCACUGACACUGCCUGGAUAAACGCACCACUACCCCCACUCUCCCAGGCCGGCUCCCCCUCCUCCAGCUCCUUACCACCCAGAUCCAUCUCUUCCUCACCACCCCCCCUGAAAAAAAAAAUCUCUCCCAGCUCCUCCCUAGCCCCUUCCUGCCUAGGAGAAGCUCCUGGGGAGAAAAUAUCAUCCCCCUACCCCCCAAAAUACACAGACGGGCUUGUAGUCUCCAAUACUGCCCUCAGUAGGAGAGGGCCAGUUCCCUACCCCAACCCCCACCCUGUUAGCACCUGGUUAGCACCUCCAUUCACCUCCUGAUUGUCCUUCUGCAUAAUCUGGUCCCAGGAUUAUAAAUGGGGGCCAGGGGGCAGCCACCCAAGAGUUGCUCCAGUUCCCCUUCAGCUCCCCUCCUGCUUCAACUCCUGUGGCCAUGGGCCUGGGCUCUGCUCCCUGCUCCCUGCUCCUCCUCCUGCUGCUGCUGCCGGCACAGCUGGCUCAUCCUGGGGCCAGUGUCCCUUCCUCCUCGCUACAAGAAACGGGGAGUCCAGGGGAGCAGGAGGAGGAUGAGGAAGAGGGGGCCAGGAUGCGGGCUGAGGCACUGCGGGCGCUCCUGCAGGUGUUGGGCCUGGAUGCUCCGCCCCCCACACCUGCCCUGAAGCGGCAGCCCCCUCAGUACAUGCUGGACCUGUACCGCACUGUGGCCACUGCCGACGGGCUCACCCGCAGCCCCCAUCUCUUGCCUGGGGACACCGUGCGCAGCUUCUGGGACACCCCACCUAGCGACGAACUGCACUUCCACUUUGUCCUGUCAGCUAUGGCCCCAAGCGAGCAGAUCCUGUCUGCCCAGUUGCACCUCUUCCGACUGCCAGGCUCCCCGGUGCCUCCGACCCAAAGAGGAAGUCUGUGCCAGGUGAGCGUGUUCCAGGUGCUGGAGGAGGAGGAGGAGGAGUUGGCAACAGUAGCAGGGUCUGAAUCUGGGGCAAGGCUGCGGCUGCUGGCUGUCCGGCUAGUCCCAGUGCAUGGUACAGGCUGGGAGGUAUUUCCCAUCACCGAAGCCGUUCGUGCCUGGACGGAGCGGGCAGCCAGUAACCGGGGGCUGCUGGUGACCCUGCAGAGCCCCGGGGGCACCGCCCUGGAGCCCAGGCCCCUGCGUUUUGCCUCUGGACACCUGCACCAUCAUAGCAAGCGGCCCAUGCUGGUCCUCUUCACUGACAACAGCCGCCGGGCCCCGCCCCCCAUAUUCCCCCAAUUCCCAGCCUCCAUGUUCCCUGGCCUGAUUCCGGGUCCCAAUCACACACGUCUGGCCCGCUCCCUGAGCCCCUUCCGGCCCUGCCAGCGCCUGCCCCUCUACGUGGACUUCGAAGAGAUCGGCUGGAUGGGUUGGAUCAUCUCCCCCCAUGGCUACAAUGCCUACCAGUGCCGUGGGUCCUGCCCCUUCCCCCUGGGCCAAAACAUGCAACCCACCAACCACGCCACCGUGCAGUCCAUCAUCUCGGCCCUGCGGCUGGUGCCGGCCGUGUCCAGCCCCUGCUGCGUGCCUCGCCAGCUGGCCUCUAUCAGCCUGCUCUACUUUGAUGAGGCCGAGAAUGUCGUGCUCAAGCACUACGAGGGUAUGGUGGCCCGUGAGUGUGGCUGCCAUUGAGCCAUGCCCGGACUCACUGCCGUCGCUUCUACCCAUGGACCCUGGUCGACCUGGGCUCCACGUGGUCAGAGAUGCCAGGUUCACUGUGACGGCCCCUGCCCAGAUCACCCCACCUCGCCCCACGGGCUCUCUUCUCAGUUUGCUCCCUGUGGGCCAUGAGGAUGUCAGCUCCCCCUCCCCCUCUGGCAACCUGCCAACUCCGUGGAGGGGGCAGAGGCAACACGAACCAGAGUACUGACCAGCUGUCUGAGGGGUGCCACUGUAUUUCCCCAGUCCGCCAGACUGCCUAGCAUGCCCUGGCCAAAUACAAGGCUCUCCACCAGCACCCUCCACCCUCCUGUUGCUUCCACUGCCCCCCUUCUGGAAGCCCUCUGCUCCCGACCCUCUGUCUUCUGCCUCCAACCCCUGGAGUGGGACAGCCUCCGCCCACCCCCUCCAUCAGUCUCCCAUAUCACCUCCCUCCCCACAAGACUUCCAGAUAGCCACCUCCUCAAGGAAGCCUUCCUCCAUUUACCCCAACCAUUUUCCAUCCCUCCUCCUGACCAUGGCUCACUCCUUUCUGUCCAUUGUUCUUUAAUUACUGUAUAUAUGUACAUACGAUGUGGAUCAUCUGUGUGUAUCUGUACAAGGCUCUGCCGGCUGAGGGCUCAGUAAAGAUUUGCUGACUGAC